UGUCACCUAGCUAAGGAUUCUUUUGCUAUAUCUUCUGCAUCAUGUACAUGGUUUUGUUUAAAUCUAGACACGGAAGAGGAGGAAACUAACCAAGAGAAAUGGCAGAUUGGGCACCGGUUCUAAUAGGGGUGUUGCUGUUUGUGUUGCUCACACCCGGUUUGUUGUUUCAGCUUCCGGGUAAGGGCCGUGCGGUUGAGUUCAACAACAUGCAGACCAGUGGGGUUUCAAUCUGUGUCCACACAAUCAUCUUCUUUGGACUCAUCACCAUCUUACUCAUUGCAGUUGGUAUUAGCAUCAACAUAGGCUAGCUCUUAUGCAUCUUCACAUCAGUUGAGCUUCUUUCCUAGUACCAUCAACCAGUUGAGGCAGAACAGAGAUUGUAGUACGUUCUUCAUCUUAUUCAACCUUCUGGUCCUGUCCAAGUGUUAAGUGUCUUCUUUUUCAUUAUCUUAUGGUUCCUUCGAUCAUACAUAUAAAGAUUCGUGAUACUAAAUCUACACAAGUAUUCUAGGUCUUUAUUCUGUUGUCAGCAAUAAAUUGGAUGUUGCACAAGAUGAGUUCGCUACAAACAUGGAUUUGUAGAUUUACCAAAUACUGCUCUAAAAUAUCAGCCUAACAAACAUAUAUGUAUAGUUAUUUUCUCUAAAUAGAAUUUUGAACAAAUCAGACGUGAACUUUCCCUUCCUACAUGGCCAAGAAACACGGGUUAGAAGAGAAACAAAUAAAUUACACAUGUCCUCAUAGUUCAAAUGGAAUAAGGGAUAUUCUUUGACCAUUUCAAACUGCAAUAACGUAUCAUCCAAAAUGCUACAUAUCCCCCAUGUAUGCUACUUUCUUAUUUGGAUCAACACAAUUCUAAGUUCUAAGUAGCAACUUAAUUGCUGUUCUAUCUUCAGACUUGUUACUCAACAUCAUCAUCGGCUUCAUGAUAGUGUCCAUGCUG